AUGCUAAAAAAAGCAUUAACUUAUUGUCUUUAAGAUGAUGACCCAGUCUAAAUUUCUGAAUUAAUAGGUGUUCGAGAAUAUUAGAAGUAACCAAAAAUAUGUCAAAGCACCUUCGUAACCUCUUCUGAUUUGAAAUAGAUGAUACUAAACUAAAAGAGAGAGAACAGUAUAUAAUCAUAUCGCAAAAUUUAACAUUAUGAUGCUGACUUAAAACCAAUUAACCGAACAUUCGAUUGUAAAUAGUCUUUCUACUAAAAUACUUGCAGAAAAUAAAUCAAUCUCAAAAUGCUUCAUGAACCUAAUAAACCUAAAUUGUACUUCGGAAUCAAACAUUAAUAAUUUAAAGUAAAAUUAUUCUUAUAAAGAAUAUUAGAUAAAAAUCAAAAUGCAAGGUAAACGUUUAGAGGACAUGUUCUGA